AUGUACGGUAGAGCGGUAGUGAUCGGAGUUUUCGUGAUUUUGUUUCUGUUUGAAGUGAAUAUGGCAUCUGAGACGAAGAAUGGACAAGGGAAGACGACUCUGUUUUUUUACCCUUUUUACUACCCGGUGUACUAUUUCCCAUAUUACAUGCCUGCUGUAUAUCUUUACGUUUUUCUUUUAUUUUUCUUCUUUGGAUUCUCUUCAUCAAUAUGGCUGCCUAUCACUAAAUUCAGACGGUCAAGACCAACAAAGCCACCACAAUUUCCACCACCCGCUGAACUUAAAGAGGAACAUUUGUAUAAACUAAAGAUACCCAACAAAAAACUAUGCGACGAAAUGGAGAGAAAUCAGAACGGGAAGUACCUUCUCAUACCCUGGCUGUCCCUGAACUGCCAGGUCUUGAAGGAUGAAGUAGCGAAGAAUCUGUCUCCCGGGGAUGUUCUACCGAUCCACAGAGCUGUCAUAAAUAAACUUUUCUCAUACAGAAGAAGCGGCCUGUUGAAAUAUUAUAGCAGAACCACAUUGCCACAUAUGACAAUAUUUCUACACUUAUCAAGUGUGCAUUCAAAGAAGAAGUACAAAGUUAGAUCAUCAGAAAGUAUAGAGAAUAUUUUGUACUACCAAGACUGCAAUCAUAAGAAAACGACAGAAGCACCUGUAAUGCUUCGAGGUGCUACUCAGCAGCAGGAAUGCAAGAUGUGUUGCACCAUGUGCUGUGGGGACCAAUGCGUUAACACCAAUCAAUUAUCUAUGGGAAGACAAGCACAGGGUGUGAAUAUAGAGCCCAAAGUACAACCACUACUACCCACAAUGCAGCCAAGAGAGAGAAGAAAUAAAAUUAAGCCACUAAACGAGAUGCCUCAACCGAAAAGACGUGGCUUGAGCUUCACUAGAGAGAAUAUAAAGAGUCUUAUUUCACAUGAUGAUGACAUCAGAAAGAUUUUGAAAGAUCUGGUGAGAGUCACUAUGCAGAAAGUUGAUCUCAUGGAACUGUUAAACUCUAGGAGGAAGAUGGAGAACAAUCCUGAACCGAAAAAUGAUUCAGAGGAUUCUGAAAAUGAUUUGUGA